AUGAGGAUACAUCAGGCACCAUUAUGCACGUUCCUAGCGAUUGUUUUCCAGAAUAGUGGUCAGUUUUACGAGACGAAUCUCAAUUGUUCAGUAAAUUAAUUGCAGAUGCGUUUAAUACACGUGUGAAACGUCAUGAUCGGGUAGACUUCCGCAGCAGUUCACGGCAAUCGGUCAUUCAGUUCGAUUUUCUUGGUGCGUUAUUGACUUUCGCUCAAUUCCCGUCCAAUGAAGAACCAUCGUUUAGGACACGAGUAUGUGGUCGACUUGGAGCCAAAUCGCGCCGCUUAUCAUCCUGAUUUCAAUGUGUACACAACGGACGGACCGCAAGUUGUGCGGCGAGAAGAAUAUUUUGCGGUUGUGAGAGGUUAGACGAAAUUUCCCGUGAAUUUGACUAAAAACACGUUCCAGAGCCGUUUCCUGGCAAAGGGGUCUUAAGCCAGUUGGAAGAAAAUUUGUACAUCGGGACCAUCUACUUUCACAACGACACACUUCAUCUGGAGCCCACCCAUCCGCAUGGUCUUGACGAGGACGCCGGCACGGUCGUCGGGUACUUUGGAUCCGACGUCGAUUCGAAACUAGAUCUGUCCACUUUACCGACACGCAGUCAGGUUAGUCUAGUUCAUUUAAAUAGAGUUAACCAAUAUUUUGCAGGUCUCGUUCUCUCGCCCAAAUCCAUUUCUCAAAAGCAAACGUUCUGUCAGUGAAGGAGGCGGUCGCCGCAACGAUAUUCUGAAUGAGAAACGAAAUCGAUGCACUCUGAAGCUGGUGGCCGACUACUCAUUCUUUGAGACAUUCGGAAAGAACAGUGUCAGUAUUACGACCAAUUUUCUCGUCAAUAUGGUGGCCAGAGUGAAUGAGAUCUACACACCAAUCAACUGGGACCUCGGCAAAGAGGAUGAGAUUCAGGAUAGAGGACGGUGAGCACCAUAAUUCCGGACCAAGGAAAAACUGUCCGAAUUGCCCGGCUAUAACGAAUUAUAAGAAAAUGCUUUGAAAAAUUCCCAGAAAAUUAUAAAUUUCCUCAAAUAUGCCGACUUCCAUGCAGAAUUGGGAAUUUUUGGAAAUGUUCUUGUCCAGAAAUCGAAAAAUGUGCACUUUCGAACAAAGUUCCGGUUAAAGCCCAUGCGACGAAAGUGUUCAAACUCGUUCCGGCCCGGGUAAACACAAAGAACCAGACGAACUGCUUAACCAUCAGUAAUUUAACUUCCUCAGGUUUGAAAACAUGGGCUUCACCAUAAAAGAAAUAAAAGUGCUCGAUCGAUUGAACGAAUCCUCGACGCACUACAACAACAACGGAAUUUGGGAAGUAGAGACACUGCUCAGAGUAUGUUCUCCCGGAAUUCGAUCUUCUAAAUCCGAAAUUUCAGGAAUUUGCGUUCGCCGAAGGAUCGAAGGACUUCUGUCUGGUUCACCUGGUCACCGCUCGCACUUUCAAAGAGAAGGCCACCCUCGGAUUGGCGUACUUGAGUUACAAGACGGAAGAGACGGCCGGCGGUAUUUGUUCUAAAAAGGAGACGGUGAGCGACGUGUUCAACGUGCUAGCUCAUAGGAUUCCAGGAAAACGAAGGCUGGGCAGACGGCCGGCCAAGGCUGCCCGAAGGCCUGUCGUGGCCUGGGCUUUUACCAAUAGUUUGCAGGCAUCUUGGACUGGGAUUGAAUCGGAUAUUGGUUCUGGUGAUAUGUAGAUCAGACUCCGAAAAGCCGAAAACGCCGCAAUUUCCGCAAAAAUCGGGCUUUUCGGCCCUAAACAGUAUAUCUCCAGACCUGAUAUAAUUCAAUUCCAAGAAGCCUGCAAAGUUUGGGAAUUACUUUUUCCUUUUAGUUCAACGGGAAAAUCGCCUACAUCAAUGUCCUGCUCUCCACUAGCACUGCAAAUUUGGAUCAAACAACAUAUCCGCUCAUCACCAAAGAGCUAGAUAUUGUCGUCUCGCACGGUGAGUCGUUUGUCCAUGAACACGACAAUAUCGAUCGAUUUCAGAGUACGGGCAUGCGUGGGGUGCCCAACACGACCCAACAAUUGAAAGCAACGACACUGACGUUGAGCAGUGCUCUCCGAGUUACCAAGACGGCGGAAGUUUCCUUAUGAGCCAAUACGCUCAGAAUGGAUACGACCCGAACAAUGUGGUGAGUUGAUAGGGUUUUCGUGUCUGAAUGCGAAACCUAGCGGUGUUUCAGUUGUUCUCUCCGUGCUCGAGAAAAGCCGUCCGAGAGGUGCUCACUCACAAAUGGAAAAGAUGCUUUCAAGAAGAGAUCACGUCGUAUUGUGGAAACGGAAUUGUUGAGGAUGGCGAAGAAUGCGACAAUGGCAAGGAGGACGACCCACAAGGUCUGCAUCUUCUAACCAAACCAGGCCCGGGAUUUUUGAAGGACUGCCUAUGCCUGGACUUUUUGGACUACUUGCAAUAUUCUGAUAUAACCUAAAAACUUUGUAGAUCAAUUGAUCUAGUGGACCCUAGAUCAGUAUAACAUCCGAGUAAAUAGUCUGAAACUGAAACUCCGUCUGAAACUUGGAGCCAAUAUCGUUCAAUCCAAGUUCAAAAAGUUUGUGAAAUUUUGGUGCAACUUUGGUGCAGAAUAUUGCAUUAGUCUAAAAACCAACAGGCCCUUAAAAACUCGGGCUGCUAAAUAAACAGCCCUGAACUAAAGCCAAUUGUCAUUUUUUGCUUUUCAGAUGUGACCUGUUGCGACAAAUUCUGCCGACUCAACGUCGGAGCCCAAUGUUCGCCGCUCAACCACAUUUGUUGCACAAAGACGUGUCAAUUCCAAAAUUCUUCUCAUGUGUGUCUUCCCGGAGACUCUCUGCUUUGCAAAGCGAACGCCGUCUGCAAGUCAGUUCUACCUGUGCUUUAUCGGAAACUGAUUCUGAAAAUUUGCAGCGGAUACUCUGGUGAUUGCCCGCCAGCGCCGCCAGUCGAAGACGGAAAAGAGUGCAUCGAGAAGGGAGAGUGCCUGAACGGAAUCUGUCUGCCGUUCUGUCAGAAGAAGAGUAUCGGCAAGAAGAGCUGCAUUUGCGAAGACUGUACGUUGAUCCAAAGAUCCUUUUUCAUAAAAAAAACAUGCAUUUUUCAGUGGAACUGUCCUGCCGCAGGUGCUGUCGUGACAUGAAUGGUACAUGCUCGCCUUUCGAUCAACUCACGUACCUUCGAGACGGAGUCAAAUGCUCAAAAGGAACGUGCCGAAAUGUGAGUAUCAAAAUUUCAACGAUCCUGAAAAAAACCACUUUUGCUUCAGAAAAAGUGCGUGAACGAAGCAGUCGACAACGUCCGCAACUACUUUUUGGCACCAUUUCAGGACCGAAAACUCUUAUGUGAGUUACUUUUACGUUUUACUGAAAGGACAAGCUGUGGCAGAAUCUAAAGUAACCAGAAGACAUGUAUCAUGAUUUUCCAGAUGACAGUCUGAAGGCAAACUUGGUCGCCACCGUCAUUGUUGUUGCCAGCUUCCUCUUCUUCCCCAUUUACUUGCUUGUGUCUUAUCUCGUAAGUUUUUCAUUUGAUGCAGACUUGUUGAAAAUCGGUUCGACCGGUCGGCCAGAUACGAUAGUUGUGUGCAAUGCAUUUAUCUUCAGGAACGGAACAGCACGAAACCUCAUCCGGGCGAGGAACUCAUCAACUUCCGUCAAGUGCAUGUCAGCGCCGAGGGCAAUCAACCUCUGCGCUACUCUUACACAUAA